GAUUUUUAGGAAAAGGAUCUAUUCGACAAAAACUUUUGUUUUCUUUGGAAUUACAUCAUACUUAGUAAAUGAGCAAAAAUCCAAUAAUGCAAGUUCUGAGAAUAUGGAUUGUGAUCAUUUGUGUGAGCGGCACAAUUUAUUCAGGGAAAACCCAAGAAUUGUCGCAUGACCUGAAUGCAAUCCUGGAAAUAAAGUCUGACGCACCUGAAAGAGAAAUGGCUACCAGUCGUUCAUCAGGGACCGAUUCAGGAGAGAGGGUUUCAGAUCUGCUCAUCACUGGAACAGAAGUGCAGCCCCAACUGGAAUCGGAAAGAAAGACGGAUCAGAGGAAAGCUGAUCGUAAAAAGCUAGAGGUUGUCAGAGGAAAGAGAAGUGCUUGGGGCAGGAGAAGACACGCUGCUACAGUAGAGGCCGCUGCGUAUCGAAUAGCCGGAUUAAGGCAACCUCUGAAAGGCUGGAGACAGAGUGCCAAGGGAGAGAUGGAAACCAGCCUCCUUAUGGCGACACUGAAGGAACUUCAUGCAGAAAAGAAACGACUGAUGGAUAAUGGAAAAACACAAGAGGAAGAGGAGGAGGAAGAAGAAGAGGAGAGCGAUGAGGAGGAGGAGGAAGAUGAUGAUGACGAUGAUGAUGACGACGAUGAAGAAGAGGAAGAGGAAGAAGAGGAGGAGGAAGUAGAAGAGGAGGAAGAGGAAGAGGAGGAGGCCACAGAACCUCCUACUAAUCAAACAGAAACACAGUACAACUCUACUGAAUGCCAGAUUGUAGACGCAGAGAUGAGCUGCAGGGCUGUCAGGAUGACUCACCUGCCAGUUUUCCAGAACAUGGAAGUGACAAAGCUUGACUUGGGAGAAAACAACAUCAGAAUCAUCACUCCGCAAAGUUUGUUUGGGCUGCGAAACCUGGAUGAACUGGAUCUGAGCCAGAACCAACUGGACGACGAGUCGUUUAGCCAGAACUGCCUGCUCAACUUGACCCUUUUGAGGAAACUGAAUCUGGACGACAACCAGAUCACCAGAAUUCCAGCGCUGCCAGCAUCUCUAGAGGAGCUCAAGAUUAAUAAGAACAAACUGACUGUUCUCACGGAUCACUGCUUCCAAGGUGUGAAAAACUUGUUGAAGCUGGAGCUAAGGAUGAACACCCUUUAUGAAGCCAGUGUGUCACCUGCAGCUUUUCGACCUCUGCAGAAGCUUCUGGAGCUGCAGCUGGACAACAACCGCUUCCGGUCCCUCCCUCUGGGCCUCCCUUCGUCUCUUCAGGUGCUGAAAAUGAAUGGAAACCUGAUUGAAGAGAUGGCCGCUGAGGCCUUAAGGGACUGCAUUCAUCUGAAAGUGCUGGAUCUGAGUCACAACUAUAUCCACGAUCAAAGCAUCAAUAUCAACACUUGGACCCGUCUUAGAUCUCUGGAAGACUUGGACCUGUCGCACAACCGCCUCACCUCCAUCCCUGUGAAUCUGCCUCGCUUCCUCCGUAAACUGAUCCUGCGGCACAACAGCGUACGUCACAUCCCUGCCUUCACGUUCCGUCACAUGCGUGCUGGCCUGCAGUCCCUACAUCUGUCCCACAACGAACUGAGCACCGAGGGUGUAGAGCGGCAUUCCUUCGUUGGAACCUACCGCUCCAUGCGCGAGCUCCUGCUUGACAACAACAGGCUGCAGGACGUCCCCAGAUGUGUCAGGCAGUUCAAGAACCUGCAGGUGCUGAGACUGGAAAACAAUCAGAUCAGGCAGGUGAGGCAGUGGGCACUGUGCCACCCUGGUAAUUCGGGCUCCACCUUGGUUUCUGUCCACCUGGAAUAUAAUCUCCUGGAGGAGGAGGCGAUUCCCCCGAAAGCUUUCUCCUGUGUGACGGACACACAGGGACUGGUCCUGUACCCACAGCAGGGCAAACAUACAUGAACUGACACAUAGGCUGUGCGUAAACGCGACAAACAGCAAUACAGUUCCCUCCAGCUUCUGUCAUCUUUAUAGUCACCGUGGUAUCAGAAAACACAACUUAAUUAGCGAAGUCAGUAAAUCAAUUUCUAAGAAGUAAAUUGUAGUAUUUUAGCACACAAUAAAGAAAAUAUGAACCUCA